GUGGUGCCUGUGCUCCUGAUGCCACCCGCCAGCCAAGCUCCGGGCACAGCAGUCGCUGCUCCAACCGCUGCAGUUGCUCCAGCUGCCAUCGCCGGUCCACAGCCGCAGGGGCAGUUUUACAAUGCCCAACUGGAGCCGGCUGCCUAUGCCUGUGUUCCUGUCUUGCCCCUCAAACCGAUAAGCAAUGGAGUGGGAACCAAUAGUCAUCAGCACCAUCAUCAUCAUCACCAGCAGCAGCAGCAUACGCAGCAGCAGCCGCCUCAGCAUCACCAACAUCCGCACCAGAACAUCCACAAUCACAACCAGAUUCAGAACCAGAACCAGAACAAACGCAAAUUUUCAACUUUCUUUUAGGGAACUAAGGGAACUAGCCCUAGUCCGUGUCCUUUUUUUACCGAAUGAUUUGAGUGGAGAGCAUGUGAGGGUGUAUCUAUCUAACCAGAGCUAUUUACACCAGAUGUGUGUGUAUAUAAGUUGCACUGCUGUUGUAGCUAUUGCUAAACUUUAAGUAAUUUUAUUAUGUAAUUUUUACGCUUUGUUAUUAUGAUUUUAAUUUUUUAAUGCACUUUGGAAGACGUUUUACACGAUCUGAUAUCGAAAGAAAUUAUUUAUACGUUUAAUGCUUUCUAUACAUAUAUGAUCGAUAACGAUGAAGAUGAGAAUAUGAGCAUGUGGAUACAGAUACAGUGUGUUUCAUGGGUGCAGGAAUAGUAAUUGGCGAAUAAAGUAAUUCGCGCAGCAAUUCCCCGAGCUAAUGCCACGCACUGUAUUCGCCCUGCCGAUCUGCUAUAUCUAUUAUACAUAUAGUACACACAUAUAUGGAAACCUUUUGCAAUCAACAUGAAAAUCGCCAAAAUUUGUACGUGUUUGUGUGCGUGUGCCUGUCUGUCUGUGCGUCUGUCAUGUGUGUGUUUAACAUUAGUCUUUAUAAAUUUAUAUCUAUUUAUGCCAUAUAUUGUAUAUAGGAUAUGCUACGUCAGGGCCCAGGUGCAGAGAAACUUUUGUCAUUUGUGUACAUAGGUGUAGAAGGUGGAGGGAGACGGAGGAGGAACCGAUUUGUGCUAAGUAUCCAGAGAUUAUAUAAUGCGUUGGAGAAUUUAGCGAGUGUGUCCGGUCCACGAACUCCAGGAUCUGGACGACGUCAUAUGUCAUAUGUCUUUGCUACGGGUUGUACGGAGCAACACUCCUAAUCUAUCAUAAUCUGUAAAUAGAAGCCCGUUUUGUAAGAACUACCUCCCUCCUCUCCAUUCCGCAGUCCAGUGAAAAGCGAAAGGUUAUGUCGUCGACCCGGGGACAGUGCGUUUCGAGGCUGUAUGUGCUUGUUUUAAUCCCCAUUCAUACGCAUUCAGCAACCUAAGGUUUCAUUUGAAGUCAUUCUGCAGAUUCAGCAAUCCACUUAUUUUCUUACUCAGGACCGCGACUAAAACAAACGAAAUGGCGUUUGUCACUUUCACAUCUCUUCGCCUACAGCGCCGAAACGCACUGUCCCCAGGUUGUCAUACGCUCCCAGGCGAGAUUUAAUGUUUUUUUUCCUCAUUUACUUAGAAUUCGUAAGAGAGCCCUAAUCUGGAACCGCAGCUUUCGGCGCGUGUAACUUGAAUGUCGUCCACUUUAAAUCAGUUCUGAUUUUCCUGUACAUAACUGUAAUAACGCAUGAGAAUUCUUCGGUUCGGACUACCAACUACGUAUGUGGGUGGGUACGCCUGCUUGCCUUUAAUAGGCCCAACUUUGUUGUUAUGUUUUUAAGUGAACUUAGCUUUUAUAAUACCGAUCCCCGUUGCCCCCUCUUUCAAGUGUGUUGUUCGCCAAGUGUGUGUGUUCUUGGAUCAAUUCAAUGGCAUGUUUCAGCUCGAUUGUUUUAUUCCUCAUUGAAUGCAUAUGCAAAUGCAAGUGGCAAAUUUCAAGCGAUAAUAUCUGUAAGAAAGUUAGCUAUAUAUACACGACACUCGAUCGAUCGAACGAGAGAGAGAAUUAUACAUGUGUAAGGCGAUCAAUCCCCAAUCCGAAUCCGACCCUCUUCCCUGGCCACAUAGAUCAUGAGAAUUGUGCAAGGAUCAAAACUUGUAUAGACUAUGCAGUAAGGUGCGCGACAUAAGUGUCUGGAGCAGGCAGUUUCUUCCGUUUUGCUUAUUUUUUUUAAUUAGAACUUCAAUUUAUCGAAUAUUAACACUUCCAGUUGCAAGGAUUUUGGUGACUAACUUAUACGAGUUAUACGAGUCUGUUCCCGUCACGAAUUUCGCACACCUUAUUUAACGGAUCAAGAGUAUAUAUUAUACACACGUAUAUUUAAGCGUUUUUUGCUAACACAUUAAUUCAUGAAUUUGCAACAAUAUUUAAUAUAAAUACAGAAAUGCAUAUACAAACGAAACAAAAAAAAAGAGAAGAAAAAUCAUUAAAAAACAAAAGUGUAAUGUAAAAUGUAAUGUGAAUGAGAUUGAGAAGGGAAUGAAAUUGUUUUAGAUUUUUAUACCAAAUUUAAUUAAUGUAAAACCACGAAUUGUUUAUUUUUUUGUAUACCCCGUAAUCCCCGUCAGAAUGCGAGAAAUCCCUGCCAGAGAAAUCCUCGAGUUCGAAAUUGUUUUUUUUUUUUUGUAUUGAAUACUUAUGUAAUUUGUAAAUUAUAUGACAAGUAAUCAAAUAGCAAGCAUAAACAGCAAGGCAAUUAAUAAACAAUACAAAUAAAAAUGCAAA